AAUUAUCUUGACUAAAUACUGCGUCGCGCAAAGAAAAUGGCUCCUUCUGGUAGAAAUUCCAAUGGCGAAUGGCUGCGUUGCGCUCGAGUUUCGGUCAAGAGCUGGUCUUCCCUGAUACAAAAUGUGUCGUUUUAUGCAUAAAAACAUGAUUUAAUCGAACAAAGCAACCAUUUAUUGUGAAGAUUGGACCUUUUGUAUUGCCAAAAUAAGAUCUUCAAAGGGAAUUGAUUAUUUUAGUGCUAUUUCUGGCUUUUUGUGUCGCUAAUGGUUGGAUGGAAAAAGCUUGUAAUACUUGUGUGUGUGGCACGCUGUCGUCAGAUUAUUGUAAAAUUGCUUUCGCUGAAAACCAUUUAAAAAAUCUGACACGGUGGUUGGAUUAUGAGGAAGUUAAGCUUUUAAAUGAUGUUAGAUACAUGUAUUUACAAGAAAGUUUAACAUUACGAAUUGUGCAUUUAGUAUCUUUGCGCUAUGCUAUUUCACCGGAUGUUAGCCUAUAUUAUUGUCGAAAUAUUGCCACUUUAUUUUCGAAAUAUUGCCACUUUUUUAAAGUACAUCGCCUCACCUCGCCCUUAUACCUAUUUAAGCGAUCCGCCUACAAUCCUCUCUUCUGUGACAAACGCUCCCUGCACGACAUUAAUUGAUACGUGAUGCUGUCCAAUCGACGGAGACCAGUCGUAGAAAUCCAUCCAAUGGUCAUUCUAGGAGGGGCGGGAUCCUCAACCCGGCAAUGACUAGAUUGACAGUGUUGAAAUUAAUUAUUUUUAACCCGAUACAACGCACAUUUAUUUUGUUUAUAUUUUCCCAAUCGUUAUUUUGGCCUUAGUCAUUUUGACUGACAGUUUAAAAGAAGCGAGGUCGUUAAGGGAAAUACGAUUUGUUUAUUUUUUGUCUAAAUGUGUUGGUUUCAUUUCGCAUAAAACUGAAUUUCUUGUAAAUGCUUGCGAUGGAUUUGCAAUCUGCAGAUUGACUGAUUCCGACUAGGCUAGAUGUAAAACAACACAAUCAUCUGUGGGCUAAACAGUCGUUUUAGGUGUUCUGUGAUGGGGCGGGGUCCUGGACAUAACCAUGAAGCCCACAGGAAGAACACUAUGGUUUGGCUCCCCAGCUUCCUGCAUGGUGGGACUUCCAGCCUGGUGUCCACUCUCACCACCUUCCCCAUCUACAAGAUCGUGUUCCGCCAGCAGCUUCACAGCACCGUAGUCAGCCAGGCGAUAGGCCAACUCAGGAAGGAGGGUUUCCUGAAGCUCUACAGGGGGGUGGUGCCCCCUCUACUGAUGAAAACCCUGAAUGGGACACUACUUUUCGGGAUACAUGACACUUUCCUCCACUGUCUCUCCUCUAUCACCAACCCCUGCGGUGUCAUCCCUCUCCCCACGUUACCAGCUGUGGCCGGGCUCGGCACAGGCAUCGUGGAGGCCUUGGUGUUCACGCCAUUUGAGCGUGUGCAGAAUGUGUUGCAGAACGGGGGCAACGACCGCAGCCUGCCCACCCUGAGGAGUGUGUUGGCCCGGCUGGGGGCAGAGAGGCUGGGGUCGGGUUACUACAGAGCUUUCAUCCCCAUACUGGCCCGUAACACCCUGGGAAGCUGCAUCUACUUUGGUCUGAAGGACCCCGUCAGUGCUGCUCUGAGGGAGAAGGGGCUUCCUCCUAUGGCCUCAUCCUUCCUGUCAGGAAUGAUAAUCAGCUCCAUGGCGAUCAACCUGCCCCUGUAUCCUCUGUCUGUGCUGGUGGUCAACAUGCAGGCUGGGAUGGUGGGUGAGGCAGCGGGGGUGAGGGGGAGCUGGAAGGCACUGUGGGAAGGUCAGCUGAAGAGGAGCGUCCCCCUGCUGUACCGUGGAGGUUCCCUGGUUAUCCUCAGGAGCUGUAUCAGCUGGGGAAUCACAACAGCCAUCUACGACCAACGCUCCGCACACUGACACACAACAUCUCAUUGCUCCAUUCCAGACAAGGUCUGCGUCACAAAUUGCACCAUAUUCCCUUUGCAGUGCAAUUUGGGAAGCACCCAGGAAGAACUUCUCGAACUUUCUCAUCUCUCUCUCUGUCUCUCUGUCUCUCUGUCUCUCUGUCUCUCUCUCUGUCUGUCUCUCUCUCUGUCUCUCUCUCUGUCUCUCUCUCUGUCUCUCUCUCUGUCUCUCUCUCUGUCUCUCUCUCUCUGUCUCUCUCUCUCUCUCUCUCUCUCUGUCUCUCUCUCUCUGUCUCUCUCUCUCUCUCUCUCUCUCUCUGUCUCUCUCUCUCUCUCUCUCUCUCUCUCUCUCUCUCUCUCUCUCUCUCUCUGUCUCUCUCUCUCUGUAUCUCUCUCUCUGUAUCUCUCUCUGUAUCUCUCUCUCUGUAUCUCUUUCGCUUUCUCUCUCUGUCUCUCUCUCUCUGUAUCUCUCUCUUUGUCUUUCUCAUCUCUCUCUUUCGCUUUCUCUGUCUCUCUCUUUCGCUUUCUCUGUCUCUCUCUUUGUCUUUCUCUUUCUCUCUCUCUUUCACUUCCUCUCUCUUUCGCUUCCUCUCUCUUUUGCUUUCUCUCUCUCUCUCUGUCUCACUCUUUCUCUGUUUCUCUCUCGCUCUCUCUCUCUCUCUUGUCCUUCAUCUGCCUGGUGUGAAACCUGAGUGAUGGGUGGUCACCUGGUAGGCAUGCACCAUAUUGCGCACAUCCACUAGAAAUUAUGAGCAGUUAAGUCAAGAUCAAAGGAGCAAAGAAGAGAAGAGCAGGAGAGGAGACCACUUUUGUCUACUGAAAUGGUACCCUUGGUGAUGACUCCUUGGUGAUGACUCCUUGGUGAUGACUCCUUGGUGAUGACUCCUUGGUGAUGACUCCUUGGUGAUGACUCCUUGGUGAUGACUCCUUGGUGAUGACUCCUUGGUGAUGACUCCUUGGUGAUGACUCCUUGGUGAUGACUCCUUGGUGAUGACUCCUUGGUGAUGACUCCUUGGUGAUGACUGCUGAUGUCUUUUGGAGCUGUUCUGUUCAGGAAUGCAGCAUGGUCUCAAGGAUGGUCCAGCAGUUGCAGUUGGGCACCACUUUAUUAGUCAGGCCAUGCACAUUUUAUUCAAUGUUUAAAAAGUGAACAGGAAAACUUUUAAUUUGACAGAUUUCUAUUUUGUUUUUGAGGGACAGUCGGUAAACAUUUAAUUAAAUUUUUAUGGCCUCAAUCAUCAAAACUCUCUCUGAUAUCAUGUUUUUAUGAGCCAAAGAUUACUGUGCAAUUAUGUUUAAUGGUUCUAUUUCUCUCAGGUGCCUCACUGUGUCCUAUUUUAAGUCCUGAAUGGAUCAAAGCCUAGGAGAUCCAGUUAUGUUCAAGGUGCUCUAACAAGUUUCGUCAAAAUGGGCUUCAAUAUUUAAAUGAACUGCGUGUGGAUCAAAUGAGAUAUGUAUCACUGUCACGUUCUGACCUUUAUUUCCUUGGUUUUGUCUUUAUUUAGUAUGGUCAGGGCGUGAGUUGGGGUGGGCAGUCUAGGUUUGUCUUUCUAUGUUGGGCUUUUGUGUUCAGCCUAGUAUGGUUCUCAAUCAGAGGCAUGUGUCGUUAGUUGUCUCUGAUUGAGAAUCAUACUUAGGUAGCCUGGGUUUCACUGUUGGUUUGUGGGUGUUUGUUUCCGUGUGAGUGUUUGUCGCCACACGGUAUUUCGUUUUUCAUCACAUCGUUUAUUGUUUUGUAUUUCAGUGUUCAGUUCGUUUUUAAUAAAUCGUCGUGAACACUUA